GCCGGGCUGGGAGCGCUGCGGCGGGAGCCGGGAGGACCAUGAGCUGCCGCGCGGUGCCCAGCGCCCAGCCCUGCCCGGCGCAGCCCCCGAGCUCUGGGCGGCACCAGGUGCUCCGAACUUUGGGCCUCUCCUCUGGGACCCCCCGGCAGCCAGCAGGCAGGAUGGUGCCUGCCUCGUGCCCCUUGGUGCUUGUCUGCUGAUGUGCCCAGCCUGUGCCAGUCAUGCCGCCCUCCAUCACAGCCUUCCAGGCCGCCUACAUUGGCAUCGAGGUGCUCAUUGCCCUGGUCUCCGUGCCUGGGAACGUGCUGGUGAUCUGGGCAGUGAAGGUGAACCAGGCACUUCGGGAUGCCACCUUCUGCUUCAUCGUGUCGCUGGCGGUGGCUGAUGUGGCAGUGGGCGCUCUGGUCAUCCCCCUCGCCAUCCUCAUCAACAUUGGGCCUCAGACCUACUUCUACACCUGCCUCAUGGUCGCCUGCCCGGUCCUGAUCCUCACCCAGAGCUCCAUCCUGGCCCUACUGGCAAUUGCUGUGGACCGAUACCUCCGUGUCAAGAUCCCGCUCCGGUACAAGACCGUGGUGACUCCGCGGAGGGCGGCCGUGGCCAUCGCGGGCUGCUGGAUUCUCUCCUUUGUGGUGGGCCUCACGCCCAUGCUGGGCUGGAACAACCUGAGUGAGGUGGAGCGGGCCUGGGUGGCCAACGGCAGCGUGGGCGAGCCGGUCAUCAAGUGCGAGUUCGAGAAGGUCAUCAGCAUGGAGUACAUGGUCUACUUCAACUUCUUUGUCUGGGUGCUGCCCCCGCUGCUGCUCAUGGUCCUCAUCUACCUGGAGGUCUUCUACCUGAUCCGCAAGCAGCUCAACAAGAAGGUGUCAGCGUCCUCGGGCGACCCGCACAAGUACUAUGGGAAGGAGCUGAAGAUCGCCAAGUCACUGGCCCUCAUCCUCUUCCUCUUCGCGCUCAGCUGGCUGCCCCUCCACAUCCUGAACUGCAUCACCCUCUUCUGCCCAUCCUGCCAAAAGCCCAGCAUCCUCAUCUACAUCGCCAUCUUCCUCACACAUGGCAACUCGGCCAUGAACCCCAUCGUCUAUGCCUUUCGCAUCCAGAAGUUCCGGGUCACCUUUCUUAAGAUUUGGAAUGACCAUUUCCGCUGCCGGCCCGCACCCCCCAUUGACGAGGACCCCCCAGAAGAGAGGCCCGAUGACUAGACUCUGCCUUCUGCUCCCACCUGCCCACAUCCGGGUAUCUCAGCCCGGUCGGCACCUCCUCACUGUUUGACCCAUUCCCCAAAGCCUUCCCUGGCUGGGCUGUGGGGUGUGGUGCCCUGCACCUCGGCUCCUGGGGGAGGUUUGGAAGGGCAGCCUAUGGGGAAGGAACCAUGUAACCCAAGGGGAGAAGGGAAGUGGGCUGAGCCCCCCCACUUGCUGAGCAGCCCAGCAUUGACCUGGGUGACCCGCGGACUGAGAUGUCAAAGGUGCCGGGAGGGCAAACACAGGAAUCCCUUGGCGGUGCAAGCCCGAGACUCAACUUGAGAAGAGGACAGAUGUCCCUCCAGGAUCAGGGAAAGAGAGAAACUAAAUGUGCUGGCCUCGCUUUCUCUCCUGUUCUGCAGGAGAAGGUGGCCAGAGCAGCCAAGGGGUAGGAAUGAGGAGCCCCAGUCUUUACCAGGACUCCCACCAGAGAGCCCCACAGUGCCAGGACCCUGUGCUCCCUCCCGGCCAUACCGGGUGACUGGGUGCCUGCUCUCCUCAUUCUGGGGAGCCCGGGGUUAUAUAGGGGAGAGGCAGAAAGAGCAGGUCCAGAUAUCAUUUCCAACAUGUGUUUUAUUUUCCACUAUUUCAUUUGGACCCUGGGUGGGGUCUUGGAGGCCCCCAGUGAGAUUGGAGUGGUAGGUGCAGUUCUCAAAUACCCACCAGAUGGCAGCACUGAGCCCAAGGUCUUGCUGCACGUGUCCCAAGGAACAGCCUGGCCUGGACUCUUCCAGGUGACACCCCUCUCUGCGCUUCCUGGCCAGAUGGAGAGGAGAACCCCAUAUGUGCCAACUCUUGGGAGUCAUUCUGCCUGUCUGGGGAGGGGGUGGACUAGGGCAAGUGGACUGACUGCGCACUCUUGGGGUGGGGUGUGGCAGGCUGGCACAGGUCCGAGAAGACCACCCUCCUGAGUGGGGGUGGGAGGGCUUGUUGGCAUUCAAAUGCCUUCAGCCCUUUUGGCACUUAGCACUUUUUGGCGACUUCAAGAGCUCUGUAACAGCAUUGAGGCUUUCAAGGCAUCUGGGAAAGAACUGACGCCCUGCGAAGCCAGGAGCCCCUCGUCCGGAGAGCGGGGUUCUCAGUAUGAAAAGCAGCCCCAGGCCUUCACUCCAGGCCUUUCCCUCUGUCAGAGGGGGUGUCCCCUGCUCCCCAGGGUGGGCCACGUGACUAAUAAAAGCCUGAA